GAAAGAGGGGAAGUGGUGAAAGAAGGAUCUUGGUAGCGAAGGCUGUUUUGCUGCAGCCCACAGGAAAGCGGAGACUCUCGGUCGCCAUGGCCCGAGGUUUCUCGUCCCAAACUGAUGGGAUCAACGUAGCCACCAACCCCACCAUUACUGGAGAAAGGCUUCGAUUCAUUAUCAUACAUAAAAAGCUUCUGAAACCUAAACCAUUUAUAUAAGAAUGGUUUACAUAUACGUAUCGACCUAAGGCAACUCGUCUCCUCCUUUCUUUCCCCCUCCCUCCCAGUAGAAUAGACACCGGUCCCGUGCUCUGGUCUAAAAGUGCCAUCUUUUUCCCCAUUCUGAGGUUGCAGAAGCGGGGCGUUCUCUAGGGUUUCUAAUUUCCUUCUCUGCUGCUGUGGUGGGCGCGGGUGAUCGGUUCCUCGGCCUAGGGUUACUUCUUUCUUGAUGAAAAUUGAAAGCAGCCUGGCGUCGGGAAGAGAAUUGGCGUCGGAGAGGGGCAGGCCGUCGACGAAGAAGAGCAGGAAGCGCCGGAGGAGGCCGGGCUCGAUGCCGGGGCUGGUCCAGCGGCUGUUCGAGACCUGCAAGGAGGUGUUCGCCGAUGGCCGGGCCGGUUUCCUGCCCUCCCCGGAGGACGUCGUUCGACUCCGGUCCAUUCUAGAUAACAUGAAUGCAUCAGAUGUUGGUCUAAGUCAAAACAUGCCAUAUUUUUGGAAUGUGGAGCCCCAAGGAACACCUCCGAUAACAUACCUACACCUUUACGAGUGUGAUAAGUUCUCGAUUGGUAUUUUCUGUUUGCCUCCGUCAGGUGUCAUUCCACUUCAUAAUCACCCUGGUAUGACUGUAUUUAGCAAGCUUCUCUUUGGCUCCAUGCACAUCAAGUCGUAUGACUGGGUUGAUGUUCCUAAAUACUCCAAUGAUGUCAUCAACCCUGCACACUCAGUACAAUCCCCAGGAGUGUGCUUGGCAAAAGUAAAGACCAAUGCCAUCUUUACAGCACCAUGCGAGGCCUCCAUACUUUAUCCAGCGGAUGGUGGCAACAUGCACUGUUUUACUGCAAGGACAUCUUGUGCGGUGCUGGAUGUCCUAGGUCCUCCUUAUUCCGACCCUGAAGGAAGGCAUUGCACCUAUUACAAUAAUUUUCCCUAUGCAAGUUUUCCUGGAACCAACCACACUUGGGCUACAAAGAAGACAGAUUUAAUACCACGACCACAUGCGACAACUGCAAGAGAAUUAAAUUCUUCAAUCGUAGUUUAUAACCUGUAUCAUUUUGGAAGACUGGAGAGUGAUCUUUCUAGUUUUCCCUGGACUCCCCCUGUGGACUCGGCUUGUUCUAUUUGUCGCCCGUCAGGUGCCAUUCCGGUGGGUGGCACUCGGUAUGGCUGAUUCGAAUGGUUUUGCUACUUCCAACUGGACUCAAUGGAACCCUUGUGCUCAUUGCCCACAGUUUCUCACGUAGACUUGUUACUUCUCUUCUUUAUUUGUCGUCUCGGUUGUUGUUUUGAUCAUUGCAGCCCAAGUAGACUGCUUGCUGAUAAUCGAUUGCAAGUGGGGCAAAGCAUGCAUUGCAAAUACUGUAGGUUUUAAUACUGAUGUUAUUUCUGACGUGGUUAGGAAUGACUAAAGUUUAUCAUGAAUGACAAAGCCUUUUUUGAAA